AUGUAUGGACUAAUUAGUAGGAAUUGUGAGAUUCGAUGUGUAUUGACGUUACAACGAGUUCACUGCUUACGACGCAACGGCUCUACCACUAAGAACUGCAUGCCACGUCUAGGGCUGGAUGCCCGGAUAAUGAAAAUCAUAGACGUGCCAUCAAGAGGAGUGCCAUCCCUAUGCAACGGAAAAGUAGAUCUAUUUCCAAAAAAACAGCAGUCUGUAACGAAAAUAAAGACAAUGUCAAAUCUUCAAGCGGAAAUGGAAUCAGUGUCAGGUGCAAUCCUUGUCUACAAGUUUCCCUGGAUGAAGCAUUUACGGUUUAUUUCUCGUCUCAAACAAUUUCAAGCAGGAUGCGUCAUUUUACUUAUAUUUCCAAUCAGUUAUUGGCAUCAUCAAGGACUACUAGACGACUUCAACGUUGUAGCAGGCGUUACAGCUGCAACAGCAACAACCAUCAUGCUAUUCAUAAUCAGCUAUUUUUCCCGACGGAUUGUUGGUGAACUACGAUUUCAUCCACAUACUGGAAUGGUUCAAUUGUCAACGCUGACGUUUUGGAGUCGGAGGCAAAAUCAAGCAUUCCAUUGCAGUGACAUCAUUCCUAUGAGUGAAACUCAGUCAAACACAGCAAAGACAUGGCAGAAACUAGAGAUCUUUGACCAUUCAGAUAUUUACCUUUACAGUCUUAGAUUAGGGAAGAUUUAUCACCAGGAGCUACUCCGUCAAUUGCUGGGUAUACAACAAAGAGAAUCACUAGACUGAUUCUUGAGAUUAGAAAGAGGGAG